AUGAUUCCUGAGGCAGUGAAGGCUAACUGGAGAAAGAUCUGUGACUUUGAAAAUGCCAGCAAGCCCCAGAGAAUUGAAGAAUCAACUGGCGGUAUUAUCGAAAUUCUAAGUAAAAUAGAUUCAGAUGGAGGAGUUUCAGCAAAUCAGACCAGCCAUGUGGCAUCAUCAAAAGCCACAUCAAGAACUGGUGAAGCUGUUGGCCACACACUUCCUUCAUUUUCUACUGCUUACACGGAACUGGAAACUAUUAUGUAUGCUCUUGGAGUGGGAGCAUCGGUCAAGGAACCAAAGGAUCUGAAAUUUAUUUAUGAAGGACAUUCUGACUUCUCCUGUUUGCCUACCUUUGGAGUUAUUAUAGCUCAGAAAUCCAUAAUGGGUGGACAAUUAUUAGAGAUUCCUGGGCUUUCAAUUGACUUAGCAAAGGUUCUUCAUGGGGAGCAGUACUUGGAGUUGUAUAAACCACUUCCCAGAACAGGAACAUUAAGGAAUGAAGCAAUUGUUGCUGAUGUCCUAGAUAAAGGAUCCGGUUUAGUACAUGUUAUCGAUGUCUAUUCUUAUUCUGGGAAGGAACUUAUAUGUUUUAAUCAUUGGCUCUGGAGGCAUUGGUGGAAAACAGACUUCAGAUAA